AUGAAUUAAAAAAGCAUAUUAUCUCAUAUUUUUGAUAAUCCAUUCAACAAACUAAAAGUUGGAGCAGCUGCAAAAAAAACUCAGAAUAAAGAAGCUUUACGAUUAUACAGAGAUAUAUUAAAGUUUUCAAUAGAAUUUGAUUGGGCUAAUAAGAAUGGUGAAACUUGGUAAAAUCUUAAUUCUAUAUUAUAAGGAGAGACAUCAUUAGAAAAAGUGCUAGGAAAGAAUUUGAAAUAGCUAAAAAUGAAUCUGAUCCAUUUAUGGUCAUGAGAAUGAUAAUGACUUCCAGGGAAGCUAUGCAAAAAACAAGAGAGAAGUUGAAUGAGGAAUACUUUAAAUUAAAUACAACUUUAUCAGAAAGAACUAAAACAGAUGAGGAAAAUAAAAUAUAAUGAA